GAAAAAUUUCGGAAAAUUUCGUAUCGUUCUUAUAAUUUUGUUAAAACCAGAUUAAAAAAGGCAGUAUCAGGUCUUAAUGCCGUAACGUUAUAAAUUAUCUAAAAAUGCUUUUCUUUGGAGUCGUAUUAGUGUUUAGAAAAUUGAAGAGAUUUUGUUUUGGGAGAAAUAGUAUGGUCUUCAGAUGUCAUGUUAAUUCCUACAAGUUUUUCCAUUAUUGUUUUAAAUUGUCAUGCAUUCGUAAUCAUGCAAAAUUAAAAAUCUUUAAUGUCUAAACUGAUAACAUUUGUUUACUCUAUAAUUCGCGUAUCGAGGUCUUGUGAUGUCACUAAGAAGAAAUAUGCUUAUUUAAUUAACCAUUUAUCAAUGCUAUGGUACGUUUUAAUGUAUAAGUCACUGUCGUUACUUUAUGUCGUUAUUUUGUUCAAUGUGAUUGAUGGGUGUAAAGAUAUUACAAAAAUCCAGCUGUACUUAUAUUUUUGUAUUACAAAUGAAAAUAAUUGUUAUUUAUUUAUUUUUCUAUUACAGGUCAGCAGAAGUCACGUAUUUUCAUAACUAUACCCCGAUUUGACAUCGGUCGACCGGUGACUUUGGGCACGGUGGAUGAACUGGGACGCAUCACGGGAUACCCCGACUACUCCUGGCAUGACAACCAACGUCACAAUUGUGAAGGCAUGACAUCAGUUUUUAGAACAGCAAUCGAUGAAUGCAACAGAUUAUGGGUAAUGGACGCGGGAAAGAUCGGUGACAUCCAGUACUGUCCCCCGCAACUGCUUGCAUUCGAUUUGGACACCGACACACUCUUGUACAGGCAUGUCGUCAACGCCUCUAGCUACAUCGCCACAUCACUUUUCAUCACACCAGUAGUGGACGUGCGCGGCUCUGGUCCCGGUGAUUGCGGCGACACUUUUGUGUACGUCGCCGACGUGUCAGGGUUCGGGAUCUUGGUCGUUGACGUCGCCAACGACCGCUCGUGGCGCGUCACCCAUCGACUCAUGUUCCCCUUCCCAAACCACGGAACAUUCACAAUAGAAGGUGAGAGUUUCGACUUGAUGGAUGGCGUUCUUGGCAUGGCACUGUCUCCAUAUAGACCCGGUAGGGACCGCUACUUGUACUUCCAUGCGCUAGCUUCCGUCACAGAGAACGUGGUGCGCACGAAAGUGUUGCGCAAUGAUUCCUUCAUUGAGAACCCUAAUGCUGAACCUAAAUCAAUUAACGCUUUUCCUGAUGAACGGCCAAACCAGGCAGCAGCCGAAGCAAUGGAUCGCAAUGGUAUUUUAUACUUCGGUUUGAUGGAGCCACCUAGCAUUUGGUGUUGGAACUCAGCCAGUGAAUUCAAGAGACGUAACUUCCAUCAACUCGCCGUGAACAGAGAGACAUUGCAGUUUGCCAGUGGAGUCAAGGUUAUAAAUAACUUGAAAGGUGAACAAGAAUUGUGGGUGCUGACUUCAAGCUUUCAGAGAGUCAUGACUGGAAGUCUCGACAACAGUAGAGUCAACUAUAGAAUUCACGCAGAGAAGAUUAAUAACUUAUUAGCUAACUCUCCUUGUGCGAAUGUCCCAAAAGGACAGAACCAUGGCUACCAAGCCAAUUUGAUAAUACCGUCAGAGGGUUACCAACGUGGAACGCUAAGGUAUGGCGCUGUCUCCUAUCUUUAG